CAACAUCCCUUUCAACUAUUCCAAGAAAACGAAAUUACGAAGAAAAUUACUAUUAUGUUAUAGAAGUUAUAGAUGAUUCCUUUGUUACACCCCACGACGUGGAAAAGCUGCUAGACGUCCAAUAUGAGGGGCAAGUAGGUGCACUUGAGAACUGGCACGUUUUCAGCAUUCGCAAAAACCUCGCUGCUCGUUCUGAUUCCGAAGAUUCUCAUGACCGCGUUUUGGCUCGAUAUGAGCAACUUAAAAAUUUACGGCGAUCUGAUUCUUCGAAUCAAAAAAGGUCUACGUUACAAAUCGAUGCCAUUCGUUCUGUUGAAAAACAAUAUUUAAGAAAAAGGCAUAAAAGGGCCCCACCUCCAAUUCCUACACCUAAAAUUGACUAUAAUCCAAGUACUGUUGCCGCUUCUUUAGGCAUUACUGAUCCAGGCUUCCAAUAUCAAUGGCAUUUGAUUAAUCCGGUUGAACACAAUGAUAUAAAUGUAACGGGUGUAUGGCAAGAAGGAAUAACUGGGAAAGGCGUCUAUGCUGCUAUUGUCGAUGAUGGUUUGGAUGCGAACAGUGAUGACUUGGCGGCUAAUUUUUUCGCAGAAGGAUCUUACGAUUUCAACGAUCAUGUUAAGGUACCCUUGCCACGUUUAUCCGAUGAUACCCAUGGAACACGGUGUGCUGGAGAAAUUGCUGCUGUCAAAAAUGAUGUAUGUGGAGUUGGUAUCGCACCGGAUGCCAAAAUUGCGGGCAUUCGAAUAUUGUCCGGACAAAUAUCGGAUCUUGAAGAAGCUGAGGCUUUAAACUAUGCGUUUCAAAAGAAUCAGAUUUAUUCAUGUAGUUGGGGACCACCUGAUGAUGGUCAAUCCACGGAAGCUCCAAAAGGUGUUAUUCUUCAAGCCAUGAUAAAGGGCAUAAAAGAAGGCCGUGAAGGCAAAGGCAGUAUAUUCGUUUUUGCUUCAGGUAAUGGUGGUGCAGUUGAUGACAAUUGUAACUUUGAUGGGUACACAAACAGUAUAUAUACCAUCACCGUGGGGGCUGUUGACCGCACACAUUCACAUCCAUAUUAUGCGGAAAAAUGUUCGGCUCUUUUAAUAUCAACAUACAGUAGUGGAAGUGGAAGCUAUAUAUUCACAACUGAUGUUGGUAAGCGGAAUUGCACUAGUAUGCAUGGUGGUACAUCCGCAGCUGCACCAAUUGCAACUGGAGUUUUUUCUCUAGUAUUACAAAUUAGGCCCGACCUCACGUGGAGAGAUAUGCAAUAUUUAACUAUGAUUAGUGCUGUUCCGUUUAAUUUAAAUGAAAAAGAAUGGAUACGCAAUUAUGCUGGUCGUCUAUAUAGUCAUAAAUGGGGAUAUGGAAAAUUAGAUGCGUAUAGAAUAGUGCAGAAUGCUAAAACAUUUAAAAACCUUGGAACUCAAGUUUAUUUAGAAAUGCCUAUUAUUGAUGUCAACGAAAUAAUACCAUUUACUGAUCAUGGAAUUAUAAGUAGAAUAAAUGUAACGCAAAAGGAUAUAGAUAACGUCAGUUUAGCUCGUCUGGAACACAUCACUGUUACCAUAAAUAUUGAACAUACCCGUAGAGGUGAUAUUGAAGUAGAUUUAAUAAGUCCGUAUGGUACAGUGUCUCAUCUUGGUGCUGCGAGGCGAUAUGACGAAUUUAAGGGAGGUCUCAACAAUUGGACUUUCAUGAGUGUAAUACAUUGGGAUGAAUCACCGAUUGGUGAGUGGGUUAUACAAGUGAGGGAUAGAACAAAUCCUGAAAAUUCUGGGACUUUUAAGAAUUGGAUGCUCAAACUUUGGGGUGAAAAGAUUGAAGAUGCGUCAUCGACAAUUGUAGCACCCUCACCAGCACCCUCACCAUCUUCCACAAUAAAUGAAUCACCAGAUGAAUCUAUUCUAACUUCAGUACUGCCAACUCAAUCAAGUAUUGCACUUGAAUCGAAAUCAAACACUUGGAUCUUCGCAGUAUUCGGAAUGGGCGUGGCUUUCAUAUUUGCAGGAAUUGCAUAUUUUGCAAAAAAACGCUGCUGGGAUAAACGUGGACGAAAAGGUGGCUUCUUUUCACGAGAUACAUAUGAGUCAUUGCAAUCAGGAGAAGUCACGAAUGGAGGUGAUGUUUCUUUACCGCUAAAUAAACAAUUUAUUACAUCCAGAGAAUUAUUUGAUGCAUUCGGAGACAGCUCUGAGGAUGACGAAAGUACACAAGUUGUAUUUGAAAAUGCAUAUAUGGACGAAUAUAUAAACGAUGAUGAGAAAAAAGUUGAUAAUGGAUCAUAUACAGAAGGGAUGAUAGAACAUCGAGACGGUGAUAGUACAAGUGGUUCCAAUAAUGAGGAUCAUCAAUAA